GUGUCAGAUACACAAGGCAGGCUGGGAUCUACCAGGAAACCUGAAAGACAAGUGACUAGAAUGGUUGUUGUUAUGAUCGUUGCCUUUCUAAUCUGCUGGAUGCCGUACGCCGCCUUUUCUAUGCUAGUCACUGCAUACCCCUCCAUUGAGCUGGAUCCUCGUCUGGCAGCAAUUCCAUCUUUCUUUUCCAAAACAGCUACUGUUUAUAAUCCAAUUAUUUAUGUCUUUAUGAACAAACAGUUCAGGAAGUGUCUGAUUGAGAUGUUCAGCUGCAGUGUCAUAGAAACUGCAGAGUCCAACAUGAACCCGACUUCAGAGAGAGCAAUGCUAACCCAGGACAAAAGAGGCAGUGAGAUGUCCGCCGUGGCAGUACGCAGUGCCAUUUCUAAGAGGAAAACCAGAGAUGAACACAGAAAUUGCCGAUCUUUUGCUCAGUUGGCAACUUCAGAAAACAAAAUCUGUCCCAUGUAA